GCUUGACAUCACAGUGUAUCCCUGAGUCAAGCAGCUGUGGUUUUUCAGCUCUUGCAUCUGCUGUGUAUAGAUCUGUCUCAGGUGCCAUUUGCUAACUCUGUUCUCUGUGUAGCUGCUUUUGACAGCUCCUCAUCUCUCUUCUAAUCCACCACUCAUGGUCCUAGAGAACAGAGACCACAAGUUAAGACCUUCACCUACAGAAUCCCAAGGGCCAACAGCGGGCAGAGGACAACUCCAUCCUUCUUUCAAAAGGGCUUCUCCACAAAAAGCGUUUCUGUUAGACUCUGAGCAGUGAGAUACCCUGCUUCAAGAAGAAUUUCUCAUGGAGCCAGAAGCCUUUGAAAUUUGCCCUUACGAUCCUCACCACCGAGUCCCAUUCAGCAGAUUCCAGUACCACCUGGCAUCAUGCAGGAGAAAGAACCCCAAGAAAGCCAAAAAGAUGGCCAUCUGCAAAUACAACGCCCGCCACGUGGUCCCCAUCAAAAAGCUGGAGGAACAUGAGGCUGUUUGUGUCAACAGGAGCUCUGUGGAGGAAGAGGACACCGAGAACCCUCUGAAAGUUAGUCUUCCAAGUUCAGAGCAGAACGAUGACCCCCAGCAGACUUUUGUUCCCCAAAAGCUUGUUUGUGAAAAUGACACAAAAGAGUCAGCGAGAGAGAUCAGUCCCCAGAAGAUCCUCAGACCAGGACAGUAAACGGCCAGCUGAGGAAAGAGCACACGUCUCGUAAAUGCAUGGAAGAACAUGCAAUGCAUCAGAAUAAAAGGCAUACAAAGCAAA